CCUUCUAUUGUUGUCCAGAUGUAAUCGCCGACCAAUGAGGGUCGAAGACGGUGACGCUGGGCUGUCACGGCUUUGCCAGGAGAGGGUGGGGAGGAGCGUAAUUGACGUCUCCCGCCCUCCUAUAGUCUGGCCCUAGUAUGCGUGUGGAAGAACGGAGUGGCUGGCGGCGAGCGGACGGACGGGUCGCUUGGCCUAUCGCUGUGGCUUGCCUAAUUGGGAGGCGGGAUGAAAGCGCCCGGUUUGGGCUUUCGUCCAAUGUCGUGUCCAAAGAGGAAGAAAGAAAAUGGCGGCGUUGGCUGCCGAGGUGGGCUGGGUCGCGUACUACCUGGCGCUCCUGCUGCUGCUGUCUGAGGGGAAUGAGCCGCGAGCGCCUCCCGCAGUUGAAGCCUCUUGGCGGGAGCCCGAGCUCAGCGCUUGCUCCGGGAAGCGUGACUCUCUCGUCAUCUGCGGUGCCGGGCGUGGCGGUGCAUCUUGGCAAUUACUUUGGUGGACUUCAACUCCCAGAAUUCCCCAGGCAGCUUGGCUAGCUGGAGAAUUCUGGGAGUUGAAGUCCACCCGUCUUAGAGCUGUCGAGGUUGCUUCAGAGGUCUCUGAGGGCAGUCUGGGUUUACUGUAGUUUUAAUCUUUUUAAAAAAGAGAUUGGACAACCGUUUCUCUGAAAUGGUCUAGGCCUGGGUUUCCUGCCUAAGCAGGAGGUUGGACUAGAAGACCUCCCAGGUCCCUUAUUCUAUUCUAUUCUACUCUAUUCUAAAAGCCAAACAUUGGAAGAGCUUUGGAAGAGCCCUACUGGCCGCAAUAUAAGUGGAUUACCAUUGACUUCUUCCACAAUUUUAUUUUAUUUUUAUUUAUUUUUUUGCAACCUCUUAGGCCAGGCUGUAUAUGAAUUGGCAUUUCAUGGCGACCUCCUAGCUGAAAGCUUGCCUGGUCUGUGCCAGCUUAACUUUUCGAGGUGGGCAAAAUGCUGAGUCGCUCUUCCUCAAAAGAAGCUGACUCCUGUUAUCCCCUCCAGGUCUUUUCUUGGCCGCCAUACGGAAGAGGUUUGUUUCUAUGGUCUCCUGGUGGUCUCCUGCCCAAGGUCUAAAUCUUUCCUGUUUAGACUUUCUAGUGUAAACAAAGUUUGCCUUGGUGCAAUUGCUGGAUUAAUAAAAAUCCAAAAUAGAAGGUUUGAGCCUCUGGUCUUCUGGCUCCAAGGAGGUGUCUUCUCCCAACUAGGAGUGCUUGAACCAUUUGCGAAAUGAGUGCAAAGUGGACGAUCAGAUGUCCUCUGAAAAAAAGGUCAAAAAUUAAAAACAAGAUAGUCUUUAAGUUGAGGCCCACUCUUGAGUUCAUGAAUAUGUUCCCUUCUUUCUAGCUUAUUUUCUCAUCCAUUAAAUGUGAGCAGAAAAUAUUGGGAUCCUUCCACCAACAUCUCUGCCUCUCUAGAGAGUCUUCUGGAACUGAACUGCAACUUAGGAUCAUGGAGCACUUACAGAUAGUUCUCAUUUGGUGACUGCUUCAUAUGGUGACUGUUCACAGUGAUGAAAUAAGAAUUUUGCGAGCAAUCCUUGCCUUUAUGACGUUCACAGGUCUGUAAAGCAAGGGAAAGCUGGAAUAAAUUUAAGCACAGUUGUCUUAGCGACUGCUUUGCUUAAUGACUAAGAUGCUACUCCCAUUUUUGUUUGCUAAAUGAGAACUAUCUGUAUUUUGUUGGAGCUGAAAGCUUCCCCCAGCGUUUCAGUACAUUGCUGAGGUCUGUGAUAACUAUAGGAUAAGCUUUUUGUGGCUUUAAGAGUUCUCCUUAAUAUUGUUUUCAAUCCAGUCAAUUGUGAUUUAUUCAUAGACCAGACUUAAGCACAUGGUGGUUUAUUCAUCAUCAGAAUGACAGAAUAACAGAAUAAGCUAAGCCCAUCUCAUAUUUAUUUAUUAAUCAAAUUUAUAUAACUGACUUAUUUCAUGAGAAGCGAAUCUGCUCAGUGUAUAAGAAUACAACAAUAUUGUGAAAGCCACAGCUUUGUGGCUUGUUUUUAGCAUGCUCUGUGAUUUAGCAUAAUGCAUCAGUUCUGCUGAUGUGGUUUAGGCGACAACUUGAGAUUAAGCAAACGGUUUAUAUGUGAAUCUAGCCCAGUGAGAUCGGAGAGUCCAGGAUCGGCUGCUGGAAGCGUGAAUUAAUGUUGUAGUCGCCUGGUGAUGAAAUGGGUGUCAUAUGAAAUAAUCGAUGCCAGUGAAAGACGUGUGGGAGUGGACGGUGCAUGUCUAAUGCAGUCCUUAUUCUUAUGAAGUCAUGCCAAGAAGAGAGAACUUCUUACUGCACCCUCGGAAAAAAUUUAUGAAGACCGGGGAAGAUUUGUACUGGCCAGAGAAAAAAGCCAUCUGGGUGUAGAGAUGGGUUCCGUCUGACGUAAGAAAAUGACUCCAUUUCCCUACUACGUUGGCUGAUGAAGGGUUUGCUUGGAAGAUCACGCCGGAUAGUCCUCACAGUCUUUGCAUCUAAGGGAUGGCUUCUUGAGAUGGUGAUUCCGGAAGGUAAAACUCAUUGCGUUGUGAAUACGUAGGAGACGGAUCGCUGACAGGAAGAGAAAGGAACUCUAUGGGUAACUCUUGUGGGUGGAAGGUUAUCGAUCAGCCAUGGUAAAACUUGCGAAUCCACUUUACACAGAGUGGAUUCUUGAAGCCAUACACAAAGUCAAAAGGCAGAAGCAGAGGCCCUCGGAAGAGAGGAUCUGUCAUGCCGUUUGCGGAUCCCACGGCUUGGAUAAGAAGACCGUUUCUGAGCAGUUGGAGCUGAGCGUCCAGGAUGGCUCUGUUCUCAAAGUUACCAACAAAGGCCUGGCCUCCUAUAAGGACCCAGAUAACCCCGGGCGCUUUUCAUCUCUCAAGCUGGACGAGAUUCCCAAACCCUCCAAAGGAUCUAAGGGAGCCUGUGGCGAGCUUCGAAACGUGGAUUGGAAUAAACUUCUGCGGAGAGCCAUUGAAGGGCUUCAGGAUCCAAAUGGAUCUUCCCUCAGAAACAUAGAGAAGUACCUGAGAAGUCAACAUGACCUGGUGGGGAUCUUCAACAACCCCGCCUUUCAGCGGAGAUUACGCCUGGGGGCCAAGCGGGCGGUCAAUAGUGGGAGAUUAUUGAAAGAAGGACCUCAGUACCGGCUGAGCCCAGGUAGCUUGGAAGGCCCAGGGGCCUAUAAGUACAGCUCGUUUCCUGCCUCCCUGCCGCCCGUCAGCCUCCUGCCUCACGAAAGGGACCAGCCCCGGGCUGAUCCCAUCCCCAUAUGUAGCUUCUGUCUGGGGACAAAAGAGUCCAACCGUGAGAAAAAGCCAGAGGAACUCCUCUCCUGCGCUGACUGCGGUAGCAGCGGGCACCCAUCCUGUCUUAAAUUUUGUUUGGAGUUAACAACAAACGUGAAGGCCUUAAGAUGGCAGUGCAUCGAGUGCAAGACCUGUAGCGCCUGCAGGAUCCAAGGCAAAAAUGCAGAUAACAUGCUUUUCUGUGACUCUUGUGACAGAGGUUUCCACAUGGAGUGCUGUGACCCGCCACUUUCUCGAAUGCCAAAAGGCAUGUGGGUUUGCCAAGUCUGCAGGCCAAAGAAGAAGGGGAGGAAGCUGCUUCAAGAGCGCGCUUCCCAGAUACGGAGACGCUACACAAAGCCUGUGGGACGACCAAAAAACAAAUUAAAGCAACAAAUGUUGUCUGCUCCCAGUGCCGAAGGAUCCAAGAGCGCAUUCCCAGGAAGGGGGUCACCUGGUACAGAAAUCAAAAUAAGCAUCAAACAAGAAAAUUCAGAUCUGUUUGUGGUGGGAAGCAAGAACUUUGUUACAGAAGAAGAUUUGAACAUGUUUAAACAGGCCCAGGAACUGGCGAUGGAGAAGAUAGGUUGUAAAAACGGCGGAGAGGUCAAUGGACGUUACCCUUCUGUGAUAGAAUUUGGAAAAUAUGAGAUCCAGACUUGGUACUCCUCACCUUAUCCCCAUGAAUAUGCAAGACUAUCAAAGCUUUUCUUGUGUGAAUUCUGUCUUAAAUACAUGAAAAGUAAAAAUAUCUUGCUAAGGCAUGCAGAGAAGUGUGGCUGGUUCCAUCCUCCAGCCAACGAGAUCUACAGGAGGAAGGACCUUUCGGUGUUCGAGGUGGAUGGGAAUAUCAGCAAGAUUUAUUGCCAGAACCUUUGCUUGUUAGCAAAGCUCUUUCUUGACCACAAAACCUUAUACUAUGAUGUCGAGCCCUUCCUUUUCUAUGUUCUCACCAAGAAUGAUGAAAAAGGGUGCCACUUAGUUGGAUACUUCUCGAAGGAAAAGCUCUGCCAGCAGAAGUAUAACGUCUCCUGCAUCAUGAUCAUGCCCCAGUACCAAAGGCAAGGAUUUGGGAGGUUCCUUAUCGAUUUCAGUUACCUGCUUUCUCGAAGAGAGGGACAGGCCGGGUCACCUGAAAAGCCUCUGUCCGACCUCGGCCGGGUCUCGUACCUGGCUUAUUGGAAAAGUGUCAUCUGGGGAUACCUUUCCUGCCACCACGAGAAGCAGAUCAGCAUCAAGGCGAUGAGCCGAGCCACCGGGAUGUGUCCCCACGACAUCGUCACCAUACUCCAGCACCACAGCAUGAUUGACAGGCGGGAAGAAAAGUUUAUGGUAAUUAGGAGAGAGAAAUCGAUCUCCCGCUACAUGGAGAAACUGAAAGGCCAUCCCCGCGUCAAUGAAGUGGACCCAGAAAGUUUGCGGUGGAGUCCUCUCCUGGGUCCGAACGUGGCGGUUUCCGAGGAAGAGAGGGAAGCUGAAAAAGAGGCUGAGCGCUUGAUGGAGCAAGCAAGUUGUUGGCAGAAAGAGGAGCAGGAGCUGCACUCCACAAGAGGGAGCAGGCAAUUGCCCGAAAAAGCGCAGUCGAAAAGCAAGUAUUUGCGACCCCAAGAAAAUCCGGCCCUACUGGUGGAGAGAGAGACGCCCACAGGCUCCCCGAAAGAAAGCAGCGGAGAGGAGGAGGAGGAGAUAGAGGAGGAGGAGGAGGAGGAGGAGGAAGAAGAAGAAGAAGAAGAAGAAGAAGAAGAAAAGGAAGAAGGGGAGGAGGAGGAGGAUGGACGUCACCGGAAUUCUCCUCCGAGGCUGGCAAAACCCCAGUUGCUUGCAAUGAAGAGAAAGAGACCUUUCCUAUUGAAAAAGAAAAGGGGUCGUAAACGCCGAAAGAUUAAUAGUAGCGUUACAACGGAGACCAUUUCUGAAACCACCGAAGUUUUAAAGGAACCUUUUAAUUAUUCGGAAGAAGAGCAGAGCCUGAUGCAGCUGGAGCCAACCUGUGAAACGGAGGGAGAACGUGACAGAGGGAAGACUGGGGGUGCAGCCGCGUCCCAACACCUGUCUGGGGAAGAGGAGGAACAGGAACAGGAAGAGGAGGAGCAGGGGCAAGAUGAUCAAUGUAACCGGAAUGAGAAUCCAUGCAGAGUUACGGCCGAAGAGGAUGCGGAUGUCCUUAAAGAAAGCGCGGAAGACAAUCCUGAGCCUGCCAUGCAUAAGCAGGGUUGGCCUAAAAGCGUAAAGCAGUCUUCGUCCAGGCGGAGGCAAAACAAAGAGAGAAAACCAGGGUUUAAAUUGAAUUUGUACACCCCACCUGAGACCCCGAUGGAGCCCGACCGUCAGGGGAAGGCAGAGGGGGCCGAAGAGGGGGCUGGAAGCAGCCCAGGCCCAGCUUCCUCCCUGCCAGAAAAAGGGGGAAACUCCGAACCCGUUUCCUCAAACGAGGGUGAAGGGAGAGAUCCGGUGCCUGAGUAUCCAGAGCUUCCCCGGACACAAAAGGCAGAUGAGGUGGAUAAAAGCAACGUGGAAAUGGAAGGUGUGAAGAAGGACCGGCGAGAGGAGGAGACCCUGGAGAAAGAGGAGCCUGCGGAAGAACUUGAGGGGAAGGAGCGGUCUCAUCGUGAGGAGGAACCGGGUGCUGAGGAUGAAACCGAGGGCCACCCGGGUCCAAAGGGAAGGGAAACCGAGGGGUCUGCCUCAGGCGAAGCUUUUGAAGAAGUUCUUGAGAACCGAGAGCCUUUUUUAGAGCCCGAGGAACUGAGCUGCAGGCCAGACGAAAUGGACUUGAUGGACUGUAAAGCUGGCCUUUCACCCAAGGGUAGCAGUGACCUUAAAGAGCUUCCUGCUAUCCUGGAACCCGGGCCUGACCCAAGAGAGGAAAGCACGGGACACUCCGGGGAAAACAGCAGCAACGAACUCAACGGUGUAUUCAAGGAGACGGAUUCAGAAACGCUGGAAAUAGACCCUGAGACCAUCCAGGCGGUCAAGUCUCUAACCCAGGAAUCAGCGGAGCAGGAGGACCUCUUCCAGGACUGUGCGGAGACCCAGGAGGCCUGCCGGAGCCUGCAGAGUUACACCAAACCUGGCCAGAGUCCGCAGGCCGCUGCCUUGGAGGACUGUCAGCAGCCGGAGCACAGCAGCCCCGUUUCCUCCGUCCUUUCCCAGCCCAGCCAGUCGGUUUGUUCUGCCAGCAGCCCAAACGUCCCGGCGCUGGAAAACACUUUCGCUCAAAUGGGUUCCGAUCAGGGCGGCGUCUCAGUGUCCUCCAUGCAGAAUAUGGAAACCAGCCCCAUGAUGGACGUCCCGUCCGUGUCGGACCACUCCCAGCAGGUUGUCGACAGCGGGUUUAGCGACCUGGGCAGCAUUGAGAGCACGACGGAGAACUACGAGAACCCGAGCAGCUACGACUCCACCCUGGGCAGUAACCUCUGCGGGAACAAUGCGCCGCAGAACAGCUGCCCAUACAGCGCUCUCCCUUCGAGCAGCCUGACCCAGAGCAGCUGCGCCGUGACGCAGCCGAGGCCGGGCGUGAGCAGCAGCUGCAGUCUAAUGCCCAACGCCGGCAUCCACUCGCCCCCUCCCUGCAGCGUCAAAUCCCCCCAGGCCUGUGGGGUCGAGAGGCCCUCCAGCGGCAGCCAGCAGCUCCCCCAGUGCAGCCUGGCCACCAACUUCAGCCCGCCUCUGCAGCUGAGUGACCUCUCUGAGGCCGGCAGUGCCAACGUUGGCUUGUACGAGCGGGUGGGCCAGGGGGAGUUUGGGGCAGGACAUUACCCGCAGCCCUCCACCACCUUCAGCCUGGCUAAGCUGCAGCAGCUGACCAACACCCUGAUGGACCCUUCGUUGCCUUACAGCCAUUCGGCUGGCGUCGCCUCCUAUGCAAACGGGGCCUCCCUCUCCCCCGCGCUCAGCAGCCCAGGGCUGGUGCAGCUCGCUCAGCCCCCCCACCCGGUUCCUGGAGGAGGCCAAGUGCAGGCCACCAUGACCCCGCCCCCCAACCUCACCCCGCCUCCCAUGAACCUGCCCCCUCCCCUUCUGCAGCGUAACCUGGCUUCCUCUAACGUUGGCUUGUCCCACACCCAAAGACUACAAACGCAGAUGGCCGGCAAGGGCCAUGUGUCCGUUAGAACUAAGUCGUCCUCUCUGCCGCCGCCACCAGCCGCCGCUGCCCAUCAGCCACAACUUUACGGGCGCACCUCGCAGUCCGUGGCCAUGCAAGGGCCGCCCCGCACCUUAACCAUGCAGCGUGGCAUGAACAUGAACAUGAACCUUAUGCCGGCUCCGGCUUACAAUGUCAACUCCGUGAAUAUGAACAUGAACACGCUGAACGCUGUGAAUGGCUAUGGCAUGUCUCAGCCGAUGAUGAACGGAGGCUACCACGCCAGUCCCGGUUACAUGAAUCAAACCGCCCAGUACCCCAUGCAGGUGCAGAUGGGGAUGAUGGGCUCCCAGACUUACGCCCAGCAGUCCAUGCAGAGCAACCCCCACAGCAACAUGAUGUAUUCCCCUCCGGCCCAUCACGGCUACAUAAACCCCAAGCAGUCUCUGAACAGCUCGUACAUGCGGAGAUAGGAGCCCGGGUCCCAAAAUGCAGGGGAGGUGCUCCCCCCUUGCCCCCCAGCCAAGCCAGCCCGCGAGGGGAGGGGCCUGCCGAAAUGCCGGCUGUUUGGGAGCGUGUGAUUCAAAACCAGCAAUUGGUGUAAAUGCAAACACUCUGGUUUGUAGCACCAUGAGAAACGUGUAUGCAGAAGAAAGCCUUACAUAACGUCCUUUUAUUUUUAUUUCCUUUGCAGUUUUGCUUUGUUUGAAAUUGGCAGGUUUUUUUUAAACACAAUUGAACUUCUGUGGUGCGAGAAAACUUGUGUUGCGAACAUGCAAAUUCAGCCGAGGGUUCACUGCCAUUCUUGGAUGUGCCUGUUCCUCUUUGCCCCCCCCCCCCCCCAGCUCUUCUGGAGGGCAUCCGAUCUUGUGCUGGCAGCUUCUCCCCUCCCUCCUCCCCCCCCCCGUUCAAGGAGCCCCCCUCACCCCUCCCUCGUCUCCACCGUGUAAAUGCCUUUUCGCAUUGCAUCCAUGGGUCAUUUUAUUCCUCGAGUGGACGCUUUUCGCAUGCUGCUGUCUUUGUUAGUGACAGUGCGUUUUGUAGUACUGUACGAGUGUUGUGCUUAACAGUAAGCCAUUUCCUUAAUUGGUGGGUCUUUUGCCUUGAUUAGGUUUUCCCUAAUAUACACACUUACAUGCAUACAUACAUAUAUAUUUUUGCUAAUUAGAUUUUAAAAGAAAGAAAAAAAGCAUUGAAAAUGAUUCCAAUUUUGAUUUGAUCAGUUUCCGAGUGCAGUUCAUUGGGAAAUUCCUCUGUGUGGUUGCACAAAUCUGAUAAAUUUUUCUUGGAGCUGAUCCAGGAGACUAUCACGGUGGAAUGCACCUUUGAAUGGCAAAUAUUUCAUUAAAAGACAAUUCUCCUUUUUUUGUUCAGAUAAUAGAUCAUUUUUGAUUAAGAAGGGGGAAAAAGGCAGCUUACUGUUACAUAGGGUUUUUUUUUUAAGAUACAAACACUUAUUGUUUCAAAGAAGCAUAUCUGUGUUUAAUCAAGUUUUUGAAACAUUUUCAUAUGCAAGUGAAUUUGCAGGAUUUUUUUUUUAUAAAAUUGUGAAUUUGGUGUAAAGUUGCUAUUUUACGGAAAUGCCUCUGAACUUUACAUUUUCAUUCCAUCUGUAGAUUUUUCUAUCUUUAUAAAAUAUCGGAGUUAUUUUUUAAGAAAAGUAAAUAGGGCAGUAGCGUGUGAAUAGAACAAAUGAAGUUUAAAGAACGCAUGUAAAAAAAAAAGCAAAUGGUAUUUGUGACCUGUUUAUACGGCUCCCUUCCCCCCCACCCACCCCCCACCCCUUUCUUUGGUAGCCUUUGUACCUGUACAGAGUGACAGUAUCGGGCCAAAAAUGGCUCGAUCCAUGUUUUAAAAAAUAGACACGGUGAAACUUCUUGUAUUUAUGUCAACUUUUUAGUCACUUAAAUAAAACAAAAACAAGCUGUACAUUUUAACAUAAAAAUAAAUUAUGAGCCACUUUA